GUCGUGGGCGCCAGGCGGCCGGGCCGAGCCCAGGAAGUGAAUGUGGGCUGGGGUGGGGUGGGGUGAGGAGGGGAGCUGUCCAGCCCCGCAGGGUGUGCUAGAAGGGAGAUCGGGCCCUGGCGGGAGAGGCGGAGGGAGCUGCGGGCGCCAAGCGGGUGGGAGGCGACUCCCCCUCCACCCGCCGGCCGGGGCGUCGCCCCCGCCCCCGCCCCCGCCCCCCACGUGUCCGCCGCGGUCCCAGCCCCCGCGAGGAAGCGGCGCGGCUUCCUGCGGCUGGGCCGGGGAUAUAGGCGCCCCCGCCCCGGCCCGGCUCAGCGCCGCCGCCCCUGCUCGCCCGUCCGCCGCACGAUGGCCUCGCUCGGCGCGGAGCGCAGCGGCCCGGGGCUCCGGGGGACCCGCGCUGGGCGACCGGCCGCGGCGCUCCGCCUCCUCCUGCUGCUGGGUGCUAUCCUGAAGCCCCACGUGUCCCUGGCUCAGCUUCAGUCCACCCCAGGCAGCUGGGAAUCAGAAGGGAGAAUAGAGGAGGAGAACUAUGAGAAAAUUGCCCAGCUCUGCUGGAUGCUUUAUAAGGACCAUAUGAGCUCUAUUGAAAAGGAUUGGUGCGACUGGGCCAUGAUUAGAAGGCCUUACAGUGACCUCAGAUAUUGCUUGGAACAUUAUGCUGAGAAGCAUGGCCUGGGUUUCCCCAACCCCUGGGCUGAACAGAUCAUCUUUGAAACGCACCAGAUCCACUUUGCCAAUUGCUCUCUGGGACAACUCACCUUCUCAGACCCUCCGGAGGAUGUGCUCCUGGCCAUGAUCAUAGCCCCCAUAUGCCUCAUUCCUUUCCUUGUUACCCUUGUGGUGUGGAGGAGUAAAGACAGUGAGGCCCAGGCCUAGGGUGGCCGAAGUGUCUCAGCAGACAUAUUAUUUUUCUCCCCCUGGCAUCUCCGGGUCUCCUUCUACUCCUCCCCUCCCCUUCCCUACUUCCAUCUCUCACUCCUACCCCCACUCAGUGGAUCUGUAGAAAUGAAAGUGAAGGGGGUGUAUAUCACUAUGAAAAUUCUGUAAUCUUCAAAAUAAAACAUUUUUGUACACUGUA